AGAAAAGCUGCCGGGAGAGCUCGCGAGAUCUCAGACCACCGGACCCGAAAGGUUCUUAGGGAGUUGAAGGGCCUGGAGGCGGCCCCGGAAGAAAUGGCGGGAGCUGGGCCGACCAUGCUACUACGAGAGGAGAAUGGCUGUUGCAGCCGGCGUCAAAGCAGCUCCAGCGCUGGGGACUCAGACGGGGAGCGCGAGGACUCGCCGGCUGCGCGCGCCCGGCAGCAGCUGCAGGCGCUGCUCAACAAGACUAUGCGCAUUCGCAUGACGGAUGGACGGACGCUGGUCGGCUGCUUCCUCUGCACCGACCGCGACUGCAAUGUUAUCCUAGGCUCGGCGCAGGAGUUCCUCAAGCCGUCGGAUUCCUUCUCUGCUGGGGAACCCCGUGUGUUGGGCUUGGCCAUGGUACCCGGACACCACAUCGUUUCUAUUGAGGUGCAAAGAGAGAGCCUGGCGGGGCCUCCCUAUCUCUAACCAUGAUCGCGCAUGCCUUUUAGACUUCAUUAAACUUGUAACCCAA